CAACAGCGAGCAGGAAAAUAAACCCACACACGCGCAUUGGUAACUAUAAUCUCUCUACUCUUAAUCAUCACUUUAACCAGUCUCGUUUCAUGAGAUGCGCGAGUAUUUUAAACCACAACAUCAUUGUGAGAUGCAAUGGAAGUGAAGGAAGAACCUCAGGAAGUGAAAGUGGAGGAGAUACAACAUGAACUUGAUGAUUUCACCACUGAAGAAAAAUAUUCAGAUUAUUUAGAAACAUCUCAGAAAAAUGAAACCCAAAUGAUGCCAGCGGUGUGGAAAGGGUUUUACCCGUCCCAGCAGUGUGCAAACAAUUUUACAAAUACAAACGUGAAGCCUCGCAGUGGAGAGAAGCCGUACAAAUGCACUCAAUGUGGAGAUGAUUUCACACACAUGGGACAUCUUAAGUUACAUGAAAGGAUUCACACUCGUGAGAAGAGUUUCUCCUGCCAUCAAUGUGGAAAGACUUUUGGAAAUAUAAGUUACCUUAAGGUACAUUUGAAUACUCACGCUGGAGAAACACAAAAGGGUUUUGGUAAUGAAAGAAAUGUUUCAGCCCAUGCAAUGAAUCAUAAUGAAGAGAUGCCUUUCACCUGCUUUCAGUGUGGAAAAGGUUUUAGAGUAAAAGGAAACCCUGAAGCUCACAACGGUGAGAAACGGUGCCCUGAAUGUGAAAAGGGUUUUUUACACAAUGCUAAUUUAAAUUCUCAUGCAAGGAUUCACACCGGAGAGAAGCCGUACAAAUGCUCCGAGUGUGGAGAUGAUUUCACAAAUAAAGGACACCUUAAGUUACAUGAAAGGAUUCACACGGGUGAGAAGCCGUACAAAUGCCCCGAGUGUGGAAGGAGGUUCACGCGAAACGGAAGCCUGGAGUUUCAUUUAAGGAUUCACACUGGAGAGAGACCGUAUACCUGUACUUACUGUGGAAAGAGUUUCACAUUGAAAGGUCAUCUUAAGAAUCACAUAACAAUUCACACCGGUGAGAAACCUUUCACUUGCGUUCACUGUGGAAAGAGUUUUGCACGUCAAGAGAGGUUGAAGUCUCAUGUAAGGAUUCACACUGAAGAGAAACCUCACAGCUGCAGAGAGAAAACGCAGCUCAAGAGUCACGUCGGCCAGAGACCUUUCGCUUGUCUGAGAUGCGGAAAGGGUUUUUCACGAAAAAUACUCCUGAAAGUUCACUUGAGGAUUCAUACGGGAGAGAGACCUUUCACGUGUCUUCAGUGUGGAAAGGGUUUUAUAAGAGAAUCAAGUCUUAAAAUUCACAAGCAGUCUCAUUCUGAAGAAAGACCGUUCAGGUGUGUUCGGUGUGGGAAGGGUUUCAAACAUAAAUCAAACCUUACGACUCACGUGAAGAUUCACACUGGAGUCAAACCUUACACCUGUACUCACUGUGGAAAGAGUUUUGCAAUGAAAUCUCAGCUUCAGAGUCACGUAACAAUUCACACGGGUCAGAGACCUUUCACUUGCUCGCAGUGUGGAAAGGGUUUUGUACAACAAGCACUCCUGAAAAAUCACCUGAGGAUUCAUUCGGGAGAGAAACCUUUCACGUGUCUUCAGUGCGGAAAGAGUUUCACUCAUGCAUCAAGUCUCAAAGUUCACCAGCAAUCUCAUUCUGAAGAAAAAUCAUUCAGCUGUGAUGAGUGUGGAAAAACCUUCGUUUCAGCUUUGUUCCUGAAAAGACAUCAGAAAACUCAUACAAAUAAAACCCCAUACUCGUGUUCAGUCUGUGGAAAGAGUUUUUCACUUAUUGACUAUUUGAAAAGACAUCAGAAAAUACACACCGGUGAGAAAACUUGUGUGUGAUCUGAGUGUGGGAAAUCAUUUUCAACGGGAGAAAAAGCAUACACAUGUUUAUAUUGUGUGAAAUAUUUGUUUUUAAAUGAUGUACUUCCAUUUAAAACAUAAAAGUACACACAGCAGGAAUUAUUGUAAACAUUAACUAAUAAGCAGUUUAUGUUGUUUAUAUUCUGUAUUGUAAUGACAUUUUUGUAAUAAUAUGUAGUAGUAGAAUAAAUAAAUCAGUGUCUGUCUAUGAAAGGUUUUACUGGAAUGAUGUGUGAAUGAAGAUCAUGGGUGCACAUGAGCCAUAUACACA